AGGUCCAAAUUGAAUCUCCCCAAACCCUAACCAUGACCUGAUCCGAAAUCCCCAAAAUCUCUCAUCUUCAUCCUCCACCGUCCGAUCAGAGCUCCAUCAUAGAAUAAAAGCAAAAGAAAUCACCAGAAAAACCUGAACUGCUUGACGAUGCCGUCCCACGGGGAUCUGGAUCGUCAGAUCGAGCACUUAAUGCAGUGCAAGCCGCUAUCGGUGGCGGAGGUGAAGACUCUGUGCGAGCAGGCGCGUGCGAUCCUUGUGGAGGAGUGGAAUGUUCAGCCGGUGAAGUGUCCGGUCACCGUCUGCGGCGAUAUCCACGGCCAAUUUCACGAUCUCGUCGAACUGUUUCGCAUUGGUGGCCACGCUCCCGACACUAAUUAUCUCUUUAUGGGCGAUUACGUAGAUCGAGGAUAUUACUCUGUGGAGACUGUCACUCUUUUAGUUGCACUGAAAGUUCGUUAUAGAGAUAGAAUAACUAUUUUAAGAGGAAAUCAUGAGAGCCGGCAGAUAACUCAAGUGUAUGGCUUUUAUGAUGAAUGCUUGAGAAAAUAUGGAAAUGCUAAUGUCUGGAAGUAUUUCACUGACCUCUUUGAUUAUUUACCUCUCACUGCCCUGAUUGAAAGUCAGAUUUUCUGCUUGCAUGGUGGACUAUCCCCAUCUUUGGAUACAUUAGAUAACAUCCGUGCUCUGGACCGCAUACAGGAGGUUCCUCAUGAGGGUCCAAUGUGUGAUCUCUUAUGGUCUGAUCCUGAUGACCGAUGUGGAUGGGGAAUAUCUCCUCGGGGGGCCGGGUAUACCUUCGGACAGGAUAUUUCUGGGCAGUUCAACCACACAAAUGGGCUCACUCUGAUUUCUAGAGCUCACCAGCUUGUUAUGGAAGGAUAUAAUUGGUCCCAGGACAAGAAUGUGGUAACAGUGUUCAGUGCACCAAAUUACUGCUACCGUUGUGGGAAUAUGGCUGCAAUACUUGAGAUUGGGGAGAAUAUGGAGCAAAGUUUUCUUCAGUUUGACCCAGCUCCACGUCAGAUCGAACCAGAGACCACGCGUAGAACCCCUGAUUAUUUUUUAUAAUUCCCGUAGCGUACGUCCGACCAGCUAAAAUUUCAUAUUUCCUGUUGUGUUUUUGUAGAUGUGUUUUACAACAAUCAGAGAGUUCUGGCAUCUAGUUGAGGGAAGGACAAAAGAAACCAUUGCUUUUUUGUUUUUUUAUCAUUCUUUUUUUUGUUCUGCUGCUGCUGCUGCAUUCAUAUGAGUCUCUAUAGGUUUCAUUUGUAGAAUAAGUUUUUUUUCCUUUAAUUUUUUUUUCUGUGUUUCGAGUUUAAAUCAUCUGGGGUGAUUAAAGUGCAUGUUCCGUUUUGUAAAAUGUUGAUUAUAUGUGAGAGAUGUUUCUUUGUGGUA